CCUUCCCCUGAGACCUGAGCUCGAGCGCUUCCCUCACCCCAGGGCUGCCUCCUCCAGGCCCUCGCCUUCCUUUCGGCGAAACUGGGCUACCCUACCCUCGGUCACCCCCUCGGAUCCCGCGGAGCCCCUUUCCAUUCUGGACCCUGUUCCCGCGCCUGCGCUGUGUUGACGCCUGGGACCCCUCAGCGACUGCGACUCACCCCUCCCCCGCCCUGGCUCCGCCAUUUGCUCCCCUCCGACCAUUUCUCCAGGAAUUAAUUCAGCCUCAGCUUGGCUCCCGCCCAUUUUACUCCCAGCUCAGCUUGUGGAUCAGGCACCCACAUAGCGGGAGCUCCCCUCGUUCUCUCCAGUUCUCUGAGGUGUAACUGGGGGGAGAGGUGCCUUGGUCCCUGGGGUGGCAGAGGUUGGAGACAACCGGAAGUAGGGUGAAUGGGCAGAGCUGGCUCAAGCCUGCACUGCCUGUUUCCCUCAGUUCCCUCCCACCUUUGCAGGGAGUUUUUUGUCCUUGGGUGGCAUCUAAGAAGAGUUCAGCUGGUUCGCAAGAAGCACGUGUUGUCCUGCUUCCGAGAUGCCCUUUUGAGGCAUGCCUCCUUGGUCACACAGCUGGUGGCUCAGGACCAGAGAGUCUGCAUCCACUUCAUAAGCAUGCUUUUUGGAUUUUUAUGCAGUGUGGAAGAUGGGAGUGUAACGGACCUCAGUAUUGAAGUCCUUGUCCAGCUUACGAUGCAGCUAAAACUGGAGCAGAUCAUCCAUUGCCUGCUGGAUGAGUGCCACAAACAGCUCUGUAACAUCCCCUCCAUGCAAGACAGCCUGGCCACCCUGACCCUUCUUGGCAAGUUGGUGGAUGCCAUCCCUGUUCUGGCUGAUGAGCUUGUGAAGGAGCAUGGCAACUUGAUAGAGCAUCUGAUGAGAGGCUUGGUGUACCCCAAUGAAGUGGUGCAGGCUUCUGUCUGUUACCUCUAUGGGAAGCUCUAUGCCUCAUCAGUGGCAGCUGAGUUGCUCUCAGGCCAUUUCCGGGAGAAGCUACGCCCUCUCUUCCUUUCCACCCUGGACAGUGCCCAAACAAAGGAGCUACAGAUCAACUGCUUGGGUUUGCUCAGGCAGCUGCUGAAGUAUGAUCUCUUCGUGUCCAUGAUCAUGAACAAGUUCAUACUGGCAGGAAAUGCUGAGAGUGUCGAGGGACCAUUAGGAGAGACCUCACUGCCUUUGGUGCUCAAAAAGUUUCUUCUCUCUAGAGACGAGUCCCUGCAGGUGGCCAGUACCCAGUGUAUAACUUCAGUGCUGGUCCACUCCCCGGUGAAGCAUGCCGCGGCCUUCAUCCAUGCUGACAUCCCAGAGUUCAUCUUUGAGCAUCUUUCCUCUUCCAACGAAGUGCUUGUCUGGUCCAGCUACAACUGCUUGAUACUCCUGGUGGAAGAGCCACUCUUCUUUUCCAAGUGCCACACAGUGUAUGGGAUCGAGGCGGUAGUGAGGAGCCUUCAGGGAAGCCUAAAGAUGACCAACACAGAGCUACACAAGCAGGGCCUGCUGCUCUUUGCUGAGAUCUUGACCCGGCAGCCGGAGGAGAUCCGGUUGUUCACAAGCUCAGCCAUGUGUGGAGAUGCUGCCCAUACCCUCCAGGAGGCAGUGAGCAGCCCUGUGCUGGAGGUGGCUGGUGAAGCAGUGAAGGCUACUUCCGCUUUUCUGAGGAAGGACCAUCAGAGUACUCCACCUGUGCAGUACACAGCACUGAGGGCCUUGCUGGAAGCCAUGCUGAGCCGGUGUACAGAGUUUUCCCAGACCUCGAUGAACGUGAGGGCUUCGGGCCAUCCCUGCAGUAGAGAGUCAGAGAAGGCCAUCCUUCGAAGGGGAAAGUUCCUCCUGAGCACUCUGGAAGGGUUUAAAAAUGCCUGCAGGUUGGCUGUGGAAUUCCAGGAUGAGCCUUUGGCCCAGGAGAAUCCCUUCACAGCUCCCAGCGCCGAGAAAGAAGACACCUUGGAGGGCUUCUCAGAAUUUCUUCUUAGUGCCUGUGACUCCCUGUGUAUCCCCAUGGUGAUGAGGUACUUGGAGCAGACCAUCCACCCAGGCUUGAUGGAAGUUUUCCUCUCGAUUCUGUGCAGCCUCUUUGUCAUCGUCCCCCACAUGAAGGAGAAGUUCUCUAAGAAGCUUGCUGCUUCAUCCUUCAUACGACUAACCCUGGAGCUCAAGGCCAGAUUCUGCAGUGGCCCAAGUCACUCAGCCCUAAACCAGGUGUGUUCCAGUUUCCUCUACUACAUGUGCUUCAGUCUCCUCUCAGCUUCAGAGAAGACAGGACUGCUUUCCUCAGAAGAACUCACUGCAGUAUCUGAGCUCCUCCAGGAGGGGCUGCCCCAGAUAAACAGCAGGGUCCCGGAAAGCCUUGCCUUCCUGUCUGAUUGCCAGUAUGUGGAGGGAGCUGCUCGCCAGAAACAGUACUGCAUCCUGCUCCUCUUCUACCUGGCUUACAUUCACGAGGACAGGUUUGUCUUGGAGGCAGAGUUAUUCGUUUCUGUGCAGUGCCUCCUCCUGUCUCUUCAGAACCAGGGUGAGCGACCCCCACCAAUGGUCUUCAGAGCCUCCAUCUACCUGCUUGCGAUCUGCCAGGACAAGGACAGUGCACUGGAUGAGGCUGUGAUCAGUGCAAUCAGAAAAUUCCUAGAGGGAAUCUCAGGCCUGCACCUGGUCUAUACUCACCACCCUCUCCUGCUCAAGUUCUUCCUGUUGUAUCCAGAGCUGAUGAGUAGGUUUGGGCAUCGUGUCCUGGAACUUUGGUUCUCCUGGGAACAUAGCAGCUAUGAAGAACUGGAUGAUGUCCCUUUGGCUGUACAGUUGAACCUUCCUGCCAGCUUAGCAGCUCUGUUCCAGAUACUCAGAAGCAGCCCCAGCAUCCUUCUUAUUUUGGUGGACCUUGUCUAUUCUAGCCCAGUGGAUGUAGCCCGAAAGGUGCUGAUAAUUCUGAGGACCUUCUUGAGGAGGAACAAGGAUAUCCAAGUGGGUGGUCUCAUCCGUGGCCACUUCCUGCUCACCCUGCAGCACCUGCUGGUAGAGCAUGAGACCUCCCCCUCAGGAGCCUCAGGCAACCUGCCACUCCUCCUGAGUCUCCUGUCCUUGGUGCAGCUGAGGAACAAGUCAGAGCAAGAACUGGACAGCAUGGCCAUGAAGCUCCUUCACCAAGUGAGCAAGCUUUGUGGGAAAUGUAGCCCUAUGGAUGUGGACAUCCUGCAGCCCUCCUUCAAUUUCCUGUACUGGAGCCUUCACCAGACCACACCCAGUAGUCAGAAAAGAGUGGCUGCAGUGCUCUUAAGCAGCACAACCCUGAUAGAGCUUCUGGAGAAGACGCUGGUGCUCACCUGGGCAGACACAGGCUCUCCUCCGUGGACAGAGGGAGGCUCUCCCAGGAGCGCACUGCUUUGUUCUGCCUGGCUGCUCGCUGCUUCCUUGUCUGCCCAGCAGCAUGAUGGCAACUUGAAGGUUCACCAGACUCUGUCCGUGGAACUGGACCAACUAGUGAAGACCCUCAGCUUUCCGAAGAAAAAGGCUGCACUGCUGUCAGCUGCCAUCUUACGCUUCCUGCGGACAGCCCUGCAGCAAAGCUUUUCCUCUGCUCUAGUGGUCCUGGUGCCCUCAGGGGUCUGGCCACUGUCAGCCUCCAAGGACACUGUCCUAGCUCCACUGGGGACAUCACAAGUGCUGUACCUGAUUGUCGGGCUCCAGAACCUCUUGGUGCAGAAGGACCCUCUAUUGUCCCAGGCCUGCCUUGGUUGCCUGGAGGCCUUGCUCGACUUCCUGCAUGCUCGUAGCCCAGACAUUGGUGGCAGAACCACUGAGCUAAAUCCCCGGCCCCAGGGACUGGUGUUUCUUACAGCACUCCACGUGGCCUCCCAGCCCUGGCAUCAGUUUUUGCUGUCUACUCUCUUGGAUGCUGGAGAUAAUGCUUUCCUCAGACCUGAGAUAUUGAGGCUCAUGACCCUGUUUGUGCGGUAUAGGAGCAGCAGCAUCCUCUCCCAUGAAGAGGUGGGUCACCUUCUGCAAGACAAGGCUUUGGCUGACCUGUCUACUCUCUCAGACACCACUCUGCAGGCCCUGCGUGGCUUCUUCCUGCAGGUCCAGAGCAUGGGCCUCUUAGCUGAUCACAGUAUGAUCCAGACCCUGCAGGCCUCCUUGGAGGUCCUUUCCAGCACCUCCUCAGCCCAGCCACCCCUGGAGGACAUGCUCUUCCUGGGAGGGGUGGCCGUAUCCCUGUCCCACAUCAGAGACUGAGCAUCAGGACUUGAAGGCCCAGAAACCAAAAGAAGUGAGACCAGGAGACAAACUCAGGGCAUAAUUAUUGGGAAGAGGAUGACAAUCACAGCCAUUCCUCUGGAACCAUCUACUCCAAUGGAAAUGAAAUAGUGCAAAUGGAAUCAGGAACUAAAAUGAUACAAACAGUUCAGUCUGAACUCAUUUUGUCUCCCUGGACCUGGCUUUUCAGCCAGUUGGAUAGUGGAUUGUUUCAGCAAGAGCUGGAUGGGUUCCCUGGGGAGAGCGAGGGUACGUUUGUUAAGACAGUGACACCUAAGGAGUGCCUGCCUGCUGCCUCAGUUGUAUCCAGUGAACACAAGUCAGGCCAUAACUAUCAAUUUGGGCUGCUGUAAUCCUAGUGCUCUGAGUCACCUCACCUCUUGUGGAACUGGGGAGAGGUAUAAUUCCCAGGCAAGGAAGGUUCAAAUUCUUCUCAGCCUUCCUAGCUCAUUGACUCUGCCCCAGUUUCAGCCCUUCACUGGCUAAACUAGGUCCUCCCCCUGCUGCUUUCCCUCCAAGCUUUUUUUUUUUUCUUUUUCCUUUUUGGUACUGAGGAUUGAACCCAGGGUCUUUGCACUAAGCUAUAUUCCCAGCCCUUCUUUAUUUUUUUAUUUUCACAUACGGUCUCACAAAGUCACAGAAAUUACCCAGACUGGACUAGAACUUGAGAUCCUCCUCCUCAGCUUCCUAGAGUCCUGGGAUUAUAGUCAUGUGCCACACCUGGUUUCUGACAGCUUGUGUUUCUAUGCCUGCCUGGGCAGUGCUUAUUUAAUCUUUGUCUGUGCUUGGUGCUGGUACUCACAUUGCACUCCACAACUGUGCCAGCUCCUGUUCCAAGUGUAGCCCACUGGACUUCUUAGCUCCUUUGCUCCUGACGAAGGCUCCCAGGCCCCUAAAUGCCCACUCCACCCUUCCUCCUGGGGUCUGGCUGUCCUGAUCCCCCGCAAAACUGGGACUGAAGCUCUUCCUAACCAAUGGAUCAAGAAUUUGGUUUAGAAGUUGGUGGACCGGAGGUGAUGGUGGUACUCCGUAUACAGGCUCUACUAGUUCCUUUUUAAAAAGAAAAGAGGCCCUGGGAUUUACUCAGUGGCACCGUGCUUGUCUCACAAGCGCAAGGUCCUGAGUUUGAUCUCUGGUACCAAAAAUAAAUAAAUAACCAAAAUAAAAAAGAUAAAAGAGCUAGUCACUACCCACUAAACUGAUGCUGCGAACUGCAGUUGAAAAAACACGGUCAUAGAUGACAAAGCGGUUUCUGGGUGCGCUCGUGGAAGGUUUUCCGGCUGGCCGGGGAUGCGGCCCCAGUUUGCUGGCACGCCCUUUAAAAUAGGCAUAGGCCCCACUUGCAGUUAAACUUCCUCUGAGCUAGCCUUAAUACAGAACCACACCUGGGCACCCGCAGGAGCCGCUGAUCAAUU